AUGGCACUCCCAGUGCCAUCUUCUGCCCUAGCGGCCACCGAGCCACGCUGGAUAUCCGACAGGGUUUUGACACUUCCUAUCUUAACUCCUCUCAGUGCAGGGCUUCGCCCCUUCCCUCACAGACUGGAAGCGUCCCAGUUCGCUCCGUCGUCACCGAGUCCCAGCCGCUACGUCCCAAGCCUCACUGCACUCCAUCUGCCUCAUGCCACAGUAGCGCCCGUUCCAUCACCUCAAUCCCUGACACAACGCUGGCACCCCCCUCCCAGCCCCGCCGCCCUGGGGCAUGGCCGGGCUUGCCGCCGCCGGACACCUCCGCACCUGAGCGCGGCACUCCCGCAGCCACCGCCCGCUCCCACCGCCCACCGGCCCCCGACCCCUCUCCUCCCGCUGACAGAGCAGGAGGGGCGGCACCUGCGGGUCCGCCCCAUUCUCCUCCCCUCGCCUCCCCUCCCCUCCUCUCCUCUCCUCUCGCCGAGAGAGAGAGACCGAGACCCGGAGGGAGGGAGAGAGAGAGGGAGAGACAGUGGCACCGAGGGCGCCGGCAGGGACUCUGCCUGA